CCCCCCCCCCAUUCCCUGCCACCCCCCCCACCUCAGCCCCUCUAACUAUUCCCAUCUCGUUGCAGGUUCAUGGACAAGAAGCUCUCACUGAAGCUGAACGGCGGCCGCCACGUGCAGGGCAUUCUGCGGGGCUUCGAUCCCUUCAUGAACCUGGUCAUCGACGAGUGCGUGGAGAUGGCGCAGGGGGGGCAGCAGAACAACAUCGGCAUGGUGGUGAUACGAGGGAACAGCAUCAUCAUGCUAGAGGCCUUGGAGCGAGUGUAGAGCCAGCGAAAGCCGCUGGGACGAGACCUAACCCGCCGUGGUGUGCGUGCCCCCUUCCCUGAACCCGGAGUGAAGCGUUCAGGAGUGUAAACUUAUUUUUUUUUUUUUUAAUAAAUUUUGUAAUGGUUGAAGUAA